UUUGGUUGGCAAGAAACAUGAAAGAAACUAAGGGGAAAAAAAUCCCCUGAAGGAUUAGGGACUAAUUAGGCGCCUUAAUUUGAUUUUCUCUAGAUUAUAUUAUAUGUUUUGUUGGGAUAAUUAUGCCAUUAGAGUUCUUAACAUUUUUCCUACCCAGCAGAUUUCCAUUGAAGACUUCUGCUGAAAAGAGAAGAGUAGUGCAAUUGAUAAUGUCUUUUAAUAGAGAAAUUUUCAACGAUUCAGGGCCUUCCCAACCUUGUUCUGCCGCUGCCUGGGAUGAUAAAAAUUACCAAAGAAUGAUCUCAGCGUGCUUGGUUCAAGGAGUGUACAAUCUAGAGCAUGAUCGCCUGCAAAAUAGGCAGGAGGCCCAUGACAGUCAAUGGUGGGAUUCUUUUCAUUUUCAGCUAAGACGUAAGCUGGAGGACACUGAUAAAUCUGUCUCUGGGUGCAUUUAUGAACUCAAGUCCUCUCACAGGUCAACACGAAAUGCCCCAAAAAUUGUUAUAGCAUUCCGAGGGACAAUACUCAAAUCAAGAAUCAUGUUUCAGGAUCUCAAGAUGAACCUCAAGACCUUUUGUUAUGAACUUCAUACUACGCCAAGGUUUCAGCUGGCAGUAGAUGCUGUCGUUUCUGCGGUUGGUGAAGUUGGAGUUGGAAAUGUGUGGUUAGCAGGCCAUUCUCUAGGUUCAGCUCUUGCAUUGCUUGUAGGGAAAAGCAUGGCCAAAAGAGAUCGCCAUAUCAAAACUUUCCUCUUCAAUCCACCAUUCUUAUCUCUCUCUGAAGGAAGAUUUACGAAUGAUGUACUCAAGAAUACAUUCCAUGUAGUACACAGCGUGGCUGCCGCAGGACUUUCUGUCCUUGUAAAGGGUCACAAAGAUCGACAAGAUCAAUUUGCUAGGUUAUCUAAUUGGAAACCCCUUUUGUUUGUGAACAAAAAGGAUCAUAUUUGUUCAGGAUACAUUGAAUAUUUCAGAUCUCGAAUCAUGAUGGAGAAGAUAGGAUUACAAAAAAUUGAGAGGACUGCAACAAUGAAUUCCCUAAAAGGUUUGAUCAAAGUUGCAUCACGGAAAGAAUCGGAACCACUGCAUCUAAUUCCUUCAGCGAAGCUAUUUGUUAACAGGUUUUCUAAUGGAGGAGCUUCGAGUUCUAGAAAACCUUGUCCAGUUCAGCAGUGGUAUUCUGAUUUCAGAGAAGCUCAUGGAAUUCAACAAUGGUGGAGUCCUGAUGUUUCAGGAGAAUUUGAGGAAUUCUCGUUCAAUUAAUUGAUGCAUGCAUCUUGUUCAAAGUUCUUUGUGUAUGAAUAAAGAAUUGCUUUGUGGAAAA